GUAUGUAUGUAUGUGCGAGAGAGAGAGAGAGAGAGAGAGAGAGAGAGAGAUGAUACUACCGGUAGCGAAGUUAGGAGCCCUCGCUGUGAAAACCUUCAGCAAACCCAUCGCCAAUCGCAUCAAGAAAGAAGCCACUCAUCACCCCAAGUUCAGACAGCUCAUCAUCAAUCUUGCCCAGGCAAAUCACAGGUUCACCACACAAAUUCAAAGGCGCAUUUACGGUCAUGCAACCGAUGUUGCCAUACGGCCCUUGAAUGAAGAGAAGGCUGUCCAGGUUGCUGCUGAUCUUGCUGGUGAACUAUUUGUGUUCUCGGUGGCCGGAGCAGCUCUUAUAUUCGAAGUCCAAAGAAGUUCUAGAUCAGAGGCAAGAAAAGAGGAGUCACGCAGACAGGAGCUAGAGGCAAUGAAAAGGAGGGACGAAGAAUUAGCUAGAGAAGUUGAGCUGCUUAGACACAGAGUUGAAGAACUUGGACUUGCCAAAGGACGUGGGCUUACUGGUAUAAGGCAAACACGCACAACUGUAAAUGACAGAAGUUGAGCUGCUUAGACAGAGUUUUGAAGAACUGGGACUUGCCAAAGGACGUGGGCUUACUGGUACAAGGCAAACACGCACAACUGUAAAUGAGAGUACAAGACCAUCUUGAUCCCUGUACUCAUAGCUCACAUUAUAACUGACCAAUUGUGUACUCAAAUAUAGAACUGCUAUCAGCUGGCUGGAGUCUUGAUUUUUUGUAUUUUUUAUUUUUGUGGCUAAUUUGGUCAAAGAGAUUAAACUAGAUUGUACUCAAAUACAGAAUCUAUGAAGUCUGAUGUGAAUAAUUUCCUUCUUUCCUUUUGCUAA